GAAUGUUUACUUAGCAUUUUGGCAUUUUGUGUUUAAGGUCUUUGGCCCACUGUUGGGACCAUUUAUUCCAAGCAUGUGUCCAGUCUCGUGUAUUUCGUGUGUUCCUCAUAGCACCAGAUCAUUCAGGUGCCCAUAGCUGUACCCUUGGUUAAAAAAAGGCUUGUCAAGAAUGAGCAUGUUGGUGUUGCAGCUCUCAGGCUUUCUGGCGUCAUUCCUGGGGUUCAUACUACAAAUUGCCUGCACCGUUUCCAGCAACUGGAAAGUCUCCAGCAUGUCAGAAUCUGUGAUUACUGCUAAGUGGAUGUUUGAGGGCCUAUGGAUGAACUGUGCUGCCACCUCAUCUGGAUCCGUCCAGUGCAAAUGGUUUUCCAGUGUUCUGGGACUUGAAGGGUAUAUCCAGGGCACACGUGCGUUGAUGAUUCUUUCUCUGGUAGUGAGCCUGAUUGGUGUCAUUACAGCUCUUUUUGGGAUGAAGUGUAUUACAAUUGGAAAUUCUGAUGAGCAAACUAAAGGAAAAAUAUCUGCCACUAGUGGCACGCUCUUCAUUGUUGGAGGUAUAUGCUCCCUGGCGGCCGUUUCCUGGUAUGCAGCACAAGUCAUUCAGCAGUUUUACAGUGCAAUACAUGGAAAAUCUAGAUAUGAGCUGGGAUCUGGGCUCUACAUUGGUUGGGCAGGAUCCGUAUUGGCAGUUCUUGGAGGCAUCUUUCUGUGCUGUUCUUUCAAGAAAUCAAGGAAGUCUUCCCCAAGGGCGUACAAAUAUUCAGCACCCAGCAAUGAACAGAAGAUUUACAAGCCACCAUCUCAAGCGGAAAAGGCUUAUGUCUAAGUCUUUGGUUUGCAAUGUUUUUAACUUUUUUUACUUUGAUAACUUGCUGUUUAGAAGUUUACUUGAACGUCAUGCUCCAUGGAACUUUUUUUUUUUUUCUGCCAAAAAUGAUUUUCUCCACCAUGUUACGGACAAAGAAUAAACAACUUAAUCUUAGACAACUCUCACUUUGUGUAUAAGGGGAAGAUUUGUUUUGGGUCCUCAAUUGUUGUAAUGUUUUAAUUAAUUUUUACUAAUGAAAUCAUAAUAAUAGAAUAAAAUAUAAUUCAACUCUCUUAA